ACUUUAGCACUUAUUAUGUGAUCGAUCACAUGUCUUGCCCAAAAGAACUUGAACAUGAGUUGACCAUAACUUCUCUUCUGCCAUCUAUGCACUCCUAACGCACUCCCUCAAUUUGAAAACGUUCGCGUACGAGCUCAUUAGAGGACACAUGCUAUAACAUUGUUUGUUCUGCCUAUCAUGGUUUCCCAGAAGGAUGCUCGCAACCAUGAUCGCACUAGUGAUCAUGAUCUCGAUCCCAUCGACUCGUUGAGCAGCACAAUCGGAAACUAUUCGAAUUCGGAAAACUCAGAAGAGGCCGUAAUCAAGCUCAUUGCCCGUAAAGACGACACCUCCCUCAGUUUCGCCUCCCGAGUUGGGCUCGGCCUUUGCGCCUCAGGUCUAAUCGGAUGCUAUUCCCUCAAAUAUUUUGUGCGACAGUCAAACUUACGAGUGAAGCGACUAUGGUUGGGCAGUGUGUUCGCCGCAACUGCGUAUAACGCUUUCAACAAAGACAAAUUCGAACGCUUUAUUGUCAAAGUUGCGGAACCGAACCAUGAGCUUCACAGCGUGUUUUUGCCUCCGAUGUCUUUAUACUUUGCCUCAUUCGAGCCGCCUACGUUACCGAAAGAUGCGCUAUCUACCUGUAAAGAGAUUCGCAUGAAGUUUGCAGAACAGGAAAGUAUCUCUGCACGAAUAUUGAUGCUUACUCGUACUAUGUGGUGUACUCCAAACACAUGGGCCUUUUGUGCCGUUCUUUUCGGCAAGGGCUUGGGCCAUGGUGCACCUCUAAGUGGGAGGGAUUUUGAUAUUUGUAUCUCUCACUUGGCCAACUGGGUGGAUCUAGAGAAGCCAACUCUUUUUACUCGGAUGCGUAACGCUAUCUUUUGUUCAUGGGUCGGAGCCAUCACAAUCCGGCUGUUCUCUCAUCGGGUGUUGUUUUCACGCCUCUCUGCAUCGACUGCCGUUGCGUCGUUCGUGGCAUGGUUCACAUUGGAUCAUCUGCGACACUACCACCUUUUCUACGAUCCGCUUGGGAUACAAAACAAGAAAAGGAUUGAGGAUAUCUAUAGGAAUCAUCCACUAUUCAGACUUGUUUUUCAGGAGGUUGAUAGAUUAAUUUCCGAGGGCGGUGACUCUUGAGUGUUGUAUAGCUUUAUUCCAAUUUUUCCCUUUACCUAACGGGCUCACGAUGUUGAAAGUUCAUUAUUGAAUGAAGAAUGGAUGCCUUCCGUAGGAUUUGUGGCGAGUUCUAGACGUAAAGCGGACUUCAAACAGAUACACUAGGCAUUGUGUAACAUACGGCGUUCAAGUUGUAGCUACAUUGUUGCAAACCAAUGAGUCAGCAAAUCUUACCAUAAAAGAAGCCCGCCGAG